AUGGAUUCCAAUAACUCACCAGAAGGCUUCCGCACGCAAAAAGAUGCCGACGAAAUGAGCGGAAAGUUGGAAGAGACAGUGUGCAUUGAACCUGAACAUACGAAACUGCUUGGUUCAAAUGCAAGUGAACUCGAAACUUCCCCACCAGAAAGUGGAACACUACAUAGCCGACCAACCACUGCGCGUAUCCCUUUUAGACCUAUUCAUCUAUUUGGAUCGUACCUAGAAAAAUGCCAGAACGGCGCUUCGACAAAAAAGGUUCAAAGACGGUCACAAUUUAUUGUCUUAAGUCACUUAGCAGGCAAGUCCGGCGAGGCGAAAACGGAAGUUAAACGUGUUACACCAGAUGCAAUAGCAACUGUAUAUUUGCCGACUAUAUAUCGGAGACCAUACAGACACAACAGUACCAAUCAUACAUAUAACCUAACAGCGUCAGGUCUAGUGAAUACCUGUGGGAGGACGAGAAUUUUAACGUUAAAUAGAGGCGAAAAUGAUUUGGAUCUAGGAGUGGAUUCGAGGAUCUCUCCGAGAGCCUGCAGGCCAGCCAACCACAGGACACAGGUGAGACGAUUCACAGGAUGUCGGCUUGAACAUACAUAUCCCCACUUCACAACAGAAUCGUCUUAUAACCAGUUAAGAAGAGAAGAAUACCUGAAGGAGAUGCACCGACAAAUACGGUUAGAGUUGGAGACCCAGGUAGAGUGUGACGUGAGUAGGCGCUCGAAUCGACCACGUCGAUUGUAUCAGAUUCCGAAUUCGGUGAGCUCAGUCACUAAAGCCGGUAUGAUAAGGCUCCUGGCGAUGCCACUAUCGGGGCCUACGUUAUUGCGCCUGGGUAUUUUACAUAAAAAGUGUACGAAACUGAGCAGGCGGCUAUUAAAACAGGGUGCACUUGAUCGCCUUACAAUUCGUUAUCAAGGAGGGAAUUCACGAAUACACCACGUGACACAAAAACGUAUUCCGAAUAAAAGGCAGACAGUGUUAGUACCGGAGGAUGGAUCAAAUCCAUCACAAAUCAUUGAGCUGUAUCAGUCAGCAGCUAGUGAAGUGUAUAACUACGCACAGGAUACAGUCGAAGUGAACCUCAUCCAAAGGUGGACUUGGCCUCAAGAAGGUAGUGAAGAUAUGCUGGAAACAGACCAACCGAAAUACACAGAUAUAUAUAAGAACUUAUUAGUGAAAUUUAGACGCAAUGAUUUAAAGCAUGCGUCAUGGAAACGUGGUUCACGACAUGUCCAAGGUAAACAAGGAAAUUUUUCCCCACAAGCACCGCUGAAAAAAACAAGCUAUUUAAAUUUCUCAUUAGAUAAAAUCGUCCUGGAGGGGGAAGAUUGGCGCGGGGGUCUUUUAGCACAGGGACUGAGUUUCAAUCACGAAGUUGGAUCGACGGAAGAAAGGUAUCUACAACACUUAAUAGCCUUGGCACGACUGCAAUUGCUCACUCAAUUAGAAGAGGGUGAGGCAGUAAUACCAAUGACAAAUGAAGCGAAGUAUCCAUGUGUUCUCCGGAAGACACUGCAUGAGGGUGCUUUUUCUCAAAUAGCAUCGGAAGAACUCUCGCAACUGAGGACAGUGAACAACAAUUUGCCAUGGCUUAUUGUAUCCGACCCGCAACACAUGUACUCAAAAUUGGCCCUGAUACGGCGGGAAUCGUGGAAACAAAUAACAAACAAAACUACCAUGCUUUCAAAACAAAAGUUACCUAAGCUUCUAGAGGUAAAGCAAUUCUGUCAUAACGAAAACCCUUCGCUGGGACCAGGAACCUUAGCAGAAUGGGGGGCACUAAAGUCAAGCUUAAGGACAUUACUUGCAGACAAAUAUCUCCCGUUGAAGCCAUCACGAUGUGCAUACACAAAAUUCUCAGAAAACUGUCGAGAAAAAGCAUAUCACAGGAACAGUGUGAGGCUCCCACAAAUCAAAGCCGGAGUAAAAUUACGAAGACAGCAAAACAAGUCAAUAUUUUCAGGAGACGAUGGAAGGGUACAACAGCGGACAGAUCAUAUUGAACUGUCAGCCUUAGAACACCAUGAGCAAACACUGAAAAAAAGACCAUCCAAGAAAGCGGGUCACUUGGAUAUCAGGGAAAGCAGCGUAACAGCUUGUGGAACAGUCUAUGGACAGGAAAGCACUAGAAAAGACUAA